UUCGCUGCACCGUCUGCUCUCAAACGAGCAACAAUCGGCACUGUGCGGUAACCUCCAGUCUUGCAAACCGUAACCCUGAAACUGUGCAACAUCCUUUCCAACAUUACCUUUGAAAAGAGUGGAUUGGGGAUGAAUGGAUUUGAGGUCCGCUUUGUCAUGCCCAAGCAGCAGAGACUCUCCGUAACUCACUCGCACUCACAACCCAGGCUAAAUUUAGCUCCUGCCCAACAUAUAAACCUUGUCUCUCAGUUGAGAUGUACAAACUAUCACGUGAAUAUACCUUCUUAUUUCUGUCUAAGAUACUGGAACCAGGGUUUCCUGAGGGAGCAAUCCUAAGGGAUUCAUAAAGUUGUCACUUUAUUGUUGUCACGUAUUUUUGAAAAUCGACUUUUUAUGCUUGUAAAAUAAUUUUCUCGUGUAUUUGGAAUGUUCAGGAGUGUAGAAAAGCAUCAUAUAUCCCUCCAGGUACUGUUAUGAUCGUUUUGAGGGGCUAUUUUUUAUUCUGUUCAGAUCUCUUUUUUUUUUUUUUUUUUUUUUUUUUAUCUAUUACGUCACAUUCGUUGAGGCGGGACAAACCAAACAAAGAGUAGCGGGCGGAUGACAUACAAACCCGGAAUGAGAAGGAAUCGAAUAUUACAGAAGUACUUUUAGAAAGAGCAAGUUUUAUGUCAAAGUUUUCGCAUUAAUUUUUUUCUUCACAGAUAGUUGAUGAGCCCAAUAACAUAUUUUCAAAGGAAGAAGUGAUUCUAUAAGUCAAAUGCAACAAGUCCUUUGCUGUUUUGUUUAUUGUUAAUGCGCAAUGAGCAAUAAAGAAUUGAUUUUGAAAAUAGUCCAAGAUGGCGACUGAUGUACGCAUACACAGUCGGUUGCGCUUUCCUUCGACUUCAGGUUGGCGUAGUGAAAUAGCCGAGCACGAAAAUACACUUAAAGUUGUCAAAAUGUUGAAGGAGUUUGUGAGUAAGCGACUCAUGGUGGCCGCCGACGAAAUUUUCGAACUAUUCGAAAGCACCAUCGCUUCGUACAAGGAGCAACUUUGUCACGCCAGAGAGGAGAGCGAGCGACACCGAUGCCAACUGGAAGCCGUUCGCCCCAAAACUCUCCUCCAAGACCAAGAUCCGCAGUCCCCACUCAUCAAAGAGGAAGAGGAGCAGGUGGACGUCAGCAACAAGCCGCUUACUGUCAUCUCGGCGAAGAGUGAAGACGACGAGCUUUGUCGUCGAAGCAGAGGGGCGGCGGCGGCGGUGGACAACCUCUUGGCACCGCUGUCACAUAGCGAAGACACAGAAGAAUCGUCGAAGAGCGGCACGGACUGCGAAGGUGACGACAAACGCUCGAUAAAGGAAGCGCCAAAGCGUUUUGUCUGUUCGGCUUGCGGUGAAAGGUUCGCCCGCAAGUCAAACAUGGUAACGCACAUGCGUGUCCACACGGGAGACAAACCUUUCUGUUGUUCGGUUUGCGGUGAAACGUUUGCACGUAAGGUCUCCUUGAAGGGGCACGCCGCCACGCACACGGGAGAGAAACCUUUCACCUGCUCAGUUUGUGGCGAAAGAUUUGCCUAUAAUUACAAUCUCACCCGACACAUGCACACGCACACGGGAGAUAAGCGCUUCGCAUGCUCCGUUUGCGGUAAAAUCUUCAAUCAGAGGGCCAACAUGGUGGCACACUUGAGAACGCACACGGGAGAAAAACCUUUCCAGUGUUCGCUUUGCGGCGAUCGCUUUGCUCAUCGCGUCUCGUUGAUCGCACACACAGCCACACACACGGGACAAAAACCCUUUCUUUGCUCAGUUUGCGGCGAAGGGUUUUCUUAUAAGUACAGUUUGACCGCACACAUGCGCAAACACCGACAGUGACAAAGGAAAACAAAAAAAAUGCCCUGUUAUGCAUGUGGAGGUGCGAAUGCCAUGAAUUUGGUCCAGCCCUUGUACUCCUUUUGCUGUGCGCUUCUAGGCCACCAAGGGGCAGUGUAAUUCAGAUAGUAAUGAAGUUCCACAACUGACCCACUGAGCUGCAUGGAUUGAUAGUUAUUUGUUGCAAGCCAACCAACCAGCCAGCUUGGCCGAUGAUCAGCUGUCCCUCGUGGUAAUUGCUGCCACACGUGAGCACAGAAUCAGGUCUUGGUGAAGCAGCAUGUGGCUCAUUGCCCAGGGUUAUUUCGCAUGAGGGGCUGCAAACAUUGACAUGUUU